ACCCUCUUUGUUGUUAUUGCUGCAGCUGCUGUUCGGGACGGCUGCCUUUUCUUUUUCCUCAUUUGUUGAGAUUUAAUUUGAAACAAGGAGGGAAAUACCGAAAGGACCACGGAACUACACCCCCAUCCAGUCGGACGGAGGUACCGGAGAGGAGUUGAUGAGAGAGCAGGAGGAGAGAGACAGCGUAGGAUAGCGAGGGAGUCAGAUCCGGGGACGGUAAAACGAAAAGUGGUUCAGAAAAUCGUGGUGCAUGAAGAUAGCGGCUGUGUCGAGGUACUGGGUGAUGCUGCCGCUUCUGUAGCUGUUCUGGAAAUAAAUACCUGCUGUUACUGCUUGAGAAAAGACAUAGACAACAUUGCCACAUUUUAAUCUGGAGUGAAAACGUGUGCGGGUUUUUUUUUUUCUCGAUCGCAGCACUAUUGUUCAGGGUCCCGUUGCCUCGCCGACCACGUACUCGACUCUUGCAUGAGCCCGUGCUUUUCCCCUCGCUCACUCAUUUAUUUGGUGCAUACUCGACGGUUUUUAAACAAAGGAGCCGACAACCACUGCUUGUCAACAGACGGCGGCCUUCUUCAGCUGUCGGUGCCGUACUCCUCUUCAUCAUGGUGGGUGGUUUGCACCCCGGUAGGUGGAUCGGACCUUUGCCUGGCUAUUACUUUUCGCUCUUGUGUUUCCUGGCCAUCGCCUCGCUUCCUGGGAUUCGAGCAUCUUAUCCCCAGAGCAGCGAAUGCCAGUCCGGCAAAGGAAAAGGUUGUACAGACCUCUCAGAGAAGAAGAGUGACCUGCGAGUGUGUGAUGACUCCACAUGCCGAUACGGAGGCACCUGCAUGGAGGAUGGGGCCGACCUGAAGUGUGUGUGCAACAACUUUCAGUGCCACAAAAACUACAACUACAAACGGACUAAAGUCUACCCUGUGUGCGGGUCCAAUGGUGAAACCUACCAGAACGAGUGCUACCUCAGGCAGGCGGCCUGCAAACAGCAGAGGCACAUAUCGGUGGCGUCAGAAGGGCCCUGCAACCCAGACAAUGGCUCCGGUUCAGGAGAAGGAGAGUACGAGGGAUCCGCUACGGACGCAGGAAAGAAGUUCACCAAGUGCAGCACCUGCAAGUACGGCGCCGAGUGCGACGAGGACCUGGAGGACGUAUGGUGCAUAUGCAACAUUGACUGCAGCGGACACAAUGAGAACCCCGUGUGCGCCACCGACGGGAACUCCUACAACAACCCCUGCCUGGUCCGCGAGGCAUCCUGCAUGAAGCAGGAGCAAAUUGACGUGAAGCACCUGGGGAGGUGUCUAGAUAAAGAGAAGAUGGGGAAGAAAGAUGAGGGAAGUCCAUACAAGCCUGAUCUAUUAGACACUGCAGACCAGGGGGACAGUGUUUACGGAGGCAUCCCCAUCCCAUGCUCGGAUAAUUACGCCGGGUUCUGUGUGCAUGGCAAGUGCGAGAUCAAGUACAACAUGGCCUCCUGUCGCUGUGACUCGGGGUACAAGGGACCACAGUGCGACGAGUCCCAGGACUUCAACAUCCUGUACGUGGUGCCGAGCGGGCAGAAGCUCCACUAUGUCCUCAUCGCCGCCAUCAUCGGAGCAGUGCAGAUCGCCAUCAUCGUCGCUGUGGUGAUGUGCAUCACAAGGAAAUGCCCCAAAAACAACAGGGGACGUCGGCAAAAGCAAAAUCUUGGACACUUCACGUCAGACACCUCCUCCAGGAUGGUAUAGCUUGUGUCUUUUUUGAUACAUUUUCUUACCAUGUGGAAUACAUUUUUUAAUGUAAGGAUUUUUUUUUUUUUUUUGCUUUUUUGUUGAAUUCUUUUGUGGGAAACCAGAACCGAGGAAUGAAGAUAUUUAUUUCAGGGGCCUUAUGUUUUUUAUUUCCACUCCCGGACAUUCAAGGCGUGCGCUGUCAGCAGCAUGCAGCGUUUUUGUUUUGGGUUUUUUUUUUUUUUCAACAGCGACAGACUGUUCAGAAGACUACAAAGCUGCUUUCUUUUCCCCCCCAUUCCGUUUUCUCUUUCGCCUUCUUUUCCGUCUCUCGUCCGGGUUUUUCUCGGCAACGCAUUUUCGUUUCUCGCUGUGGCACGCAUACCUUUAAUCCUGCAGUAAGGUAACGGACUUUUGCCUCUCUUGGAAUGUGCUAUUUAUUGGGAGAAGUGAUUUCUUGACAGCUUCACCGGAUUCUCUCUUUCUCUCUUUUUUUUUUUUUUUUGGCGACUGAUGUGCAGCUGAACACCAAAUGCAGUUUUAAAACGAGGCGUUAGGCAAGGCAGGAGACUGAGGUUUACAGUUGUUCUUUAAUAUGAAAUACAAGGAACACACUGUGUUUGGUUAGAUCAUAGCUUAAUUUGUUUCUUAAAGUGUACCUUUUUAUGUUUAAUUAUAUUGUUAUUAUGAUUAUGAUUAUUAUUAUUAUUGUUAAUGAUUAUUGUCAAUUAUUUUACAAUUCUAGACACUGCAUAUCGCAUGACUUGUGAAACCGUGUUCUGUGGAGUAGUUUUAACUUAAAUUUAAUGCUGUGCUGUAUGUUUCAGACUCCAGUCUUGUAGCUUUCAUCUGAGCACUACCGUUUUAAGUGAUUCCAGCGCUGUUUCGACAUUUUUAAUAGGCCCUGGUGUACUGUUUCCCAUCUUCCUUGAAAAUGUGACUGGUAGUGUCAAUGGAUAUAAGAGCUGUUGGAGAAAAAAGGAAGGAAUUUGUCAUUAGGAAAAAAAAGAAUGUGUAAUGUUCAAAAAGGAGUCUCCUGUUGUUCCAAACCACGCUUGAAAAAAAGGAAGUAUCUGUAUUUAUUUAAAUGAUAAUACUCUGGAGUUCUACACUAACCAUGAGGCAUCUACCCCAAUAUUACUGUUUCGAGGCAGGAGGAGAAACAAUUGUGUCUUGAUCCAUUAACCUUUAACUCACAGAAAUAGAUAUCAUAUAGGCAUUUACUUUGAGUAGCCAAUGUUUAUUUAAGAAAAGGAAAUCAAUGAAUAUAUGUAUGAAUUAAAGAACAACACAUUCAAAUAUAGCUUAUUAACUAUUUUAUUUAUCAGUGGAAAUAUGAGUUCAUGGAAUGUGAAAAAACAGGGCUAAAUCUGAGUCUGUGGUUCUUUCUUUCCUUUAAAUAUAUCAAUUUUAAGUUUGAACAAACUCAACAUUUCUUGUUGAGGUGCAGUGACAUUUGUCUUUCAUAAACCGAUGUUAAAAGGCUAGUAUCUUAUGGCAGUAGUAUCCAAAGCACUUUGCCAAACUGGGAGCUAAAGGGUUCAUCUUUAAUAUUCAGGCACCGAGGUCCACAGUUUUAAGGGCCUUGUUUGAAUUCAUCUGGUUGUAGUUCUCUGAGAGUAGCAAUCUACUUGUUGUUAACCAUCCAGCGGUGACUCUUAAUGUGAGUAGAAUGUGUUUGUUUGACAUGUCAUUAAUAUUCUGCAUGUAGGACUUUAUA